AUGAGCUCCCACUCGUGGUCCCUUUUGCUCGUCGCCGUCCUGGUUCCAGUCGGCGCGCUUUUCGACGUGCUCGGCAGUGAUCAGACUGUGACUGUGACCGGAAAACUUGUGUGCGAAGGCCAGCCCGCUUCCGAUAUUCUUGUCAAAAUGUACGAGGAUGGAACCGGUACGUUUUUUAUCGAAAAUCAAAACAACUGGAACAUUCUUGCAGUCUACGAUUCGAAACUGGCGUCUACUCGCUCGAGCACCGACGGAACGUUCAGCCUUUCCGGAACUUACACUAAAAUUUUGGACCUCGACCCGAAAAUCAACAUUUAUCACAGCUGCAACUACCACGGAGUCAGCCUUUUCUUUCUUUUCGUGCCCUUCUAAUGGUGAAUUCGUUCAGUUGUGCGACAAAAAGUUGACAAUCGACAUUCCGGACUACGCGAUCACCUCCGGAUCCUCGUCGAACGGCAACACCUACGACAUCGGCACUCUGAACCUCGCGAAUCAGUUCAGCGGCGAGACGACCGAUUGUAUUCAUUGA